AUGCGCCAGACACGCACGAUUCAGCGAACGUUUCGUCGCGAAAAAUGCUACGAUCUGCUUGCUUGCCGCACGUGCUCAUCGGCACGGAUUGGUGUUCCGGUGGGAAGUGCGAUCUUGCCAGUACGAUUCGCGACACGAUCGCACACGGGUGCGUCAACUCUGCCCUGCCCCGGGAGCUUUGGAGUGCUAGUGAUGGAAAACGCAGUGCUAGAUGUGACAGGUAGCGUGUGUCGAGGAUCAGCUGAUCGGCGAGUACCGGUGGAGCUCGCCAAGUGUUAUAUCUGUAGUGAACGGUUCACCUCAGAGCCAGAGCUUGAUCGACAUUUAGACGAUCGGCAUGCAGCCGAUCUGAUACCGUAUCGUUGUGACACUUGUGACUUUGAUCGAUGCUUACCGAUCCGUUCGAUGCGUGCUAUUAAUAAACACUUUGCCCUCCAUGAUGUUCACGAGCGGAUGCAUAGGUGCAGCUAUUGUACGCUACGCUUUCGCACCGAGCGCAAUCUACGGUCACACGUGCGACUCUACCAUCGGGGUGGUGCACGCAAUGUAAACGGCAAGCAGAAACCCUCAGAAGAUGCUCCAUCAACUCACCAGGCCCUUCCAGCGCCGCCUGUAGAACGCACCAGUAAGGACCGUUAUCAGUGUUGCCAUUGUGGUAGCACCUACACCACCGCCAAUGCACUGAAGCGCCACGAAAACACGCACACCUUGGGAGUACGCUACGCAUGCCGACAGUGUGGGAAAGCGUUUGCCAAACUGGACUGUCUCACGCAGCACGAACGCAUCCACAGCCAAACACGUCCGUACGUCUGCGAUCAGUGUCCGAAAACGUUCAUUCAGCUGGCCCAUCUACGCAUCCACAAGCGUGCACGGCACAGCGGUGAACGGCCCCAUCUGUGUGGGAUAUGCAAUCGGGGGUUUAGGUGUCGUACGGCACUGACCGUGCACGGACGCAUUCACACCGGCGAGAAACCGUUCCGGUGUGCGGUUUGUUCGGUGCAGUUUAGCGAUGCGGGUACGCUGAGAAAGCACGGUGCUGUCCAUCGGGAGAAGAAGUUGAAGGAUGAAACGGUCGUACAGUUGGCGAAUUCCAGUGGCAGAAAGCGGGAGGAAGUUAGCAAGGGUUAA